UUUCGAUCCUUGAAUUCGGAAUGUAACUCCAAAAUAAUUGCGUACGGUUUUCAAAUUUAAGGAUUAUCCACUUAUUAGCCUAUUUUUUAUUCUCAAUAUCAUUAUGUCUCAAACUGAAAUAAUUCAUAAAAAGGUUAAUCCCUUAAAAGAUUUUGUUGCUGGUGGUGUGGGGGGUAUGUGUUUGGUAUUUACAGGACAUCCCUUAGAUACUAUUAAAGUCAGAUUACAAACUAUGCCAAAACCAGAAUUGGGACAGAAAGCACUUUAUAGUAGUGCUACUGAUUGUGCAAAGAAGACAUUUUAUAGUGAAGGUAUCAAAGGGUUAUACAAAGGUAUGGCUGCACCUUUGGUUGGAGUUACACCUAUGUUUGCGUUGUGUUUCUUUGGCUUCGCUGUUGGGAAAAAAAUUCAACAUAAAUCCGAAAAUCGCAAAAAUUAUACCCCGCUGCAAUUAUUCAAUGCCGGAAUGUUAUCUGGGGUCUUUACAACUAUCAUCAUGGUACCCGGCGAGCGAAUUAAAUGCCUAUUACAGGUACAACAAGAUUCGAAAGAAAAAUUGUACAAGGGACCAGCUGACGUUGCUAAGAAACUUUACAAGCAGGGUGGCAUCGCGUCGAUAUACAGGGGAACGUGCGCCACCCUAUUGAGAGACGUUCCAGCUAGUGGCGUGUAUUUCAUGACGUACGAGUGGCUGAAAGAUCUGAUGAGUAAAAACGACAAAUCAUCCGGUAAUAUAAGUCCGUUCAGAGUAAUAUUAGCCGGCGGAUUGGCCGGAAUCGCAAAUUGGAUAAUCGCCAUACCUCCCGACGUUUUAAAGUCUCGUUUACAAACAGCUCCCGAAGGUAAAUAUCCGAAUGGCGUGAGGUCCGUUAUAAGCGAAAUCUUUACCGAGACCAAGGGCCAAAGUCGUUUCGCUAAACUAUCCACUUUUUACAAGGGCUUCGGACCCGUUAUGCUUAGAGCUUUUCCCGCUAACGCCGCUUGCUUCAUGGGCUACGAGUUGACGAUGAAAUUUUUGAAUUGGAUUUUUGCGUGAUUAAUCGCUAGCGAAUGACUAUUUUAUAGAUAUUAUUGACGUUUAAUUGGGUUCUAACGUUCGUCGUUUGUUUUAUUUUUAUAUUUAAAAAAAAAUUGCUUUAACAAUAAUUUAUAUAUUAUACGCUAUACAAUGUAAAAUAAUACAAAUAUUUUAUAUUUCGUUUAAAAACGCUCAAAAAAUAU